AUGGUGGAAAGCACGCACCUUUUUGACUCUCUCUCAGAUCUUUUCAAGUAUUAUGGACACAAACCAGGCCAUCUUGCUAAGACUCAAUUCAUGCUCCUUCACCCGAUUCAACAGCAGUCGUGGGAAUAUUAUCACUCGGAUAUCCAGCAAGGGAGAGUAUUAGGAGAAGGAGCUUAUGGAUUAGUGCGAGAGGGAGUGCUUAAGACUAAAUCUGGCAAAACUAUCCCUGUUGCCAUAAAGCUGACAAAGUCCCAUACGGAACUGGACAAAGCGAAAAUCAAGGAAAUGAUGAAAGAAGCCCGUUUAAUGCGUUUAUUCAAGGUAGAGUAA